UUAGAUUUCUUUCUCAGCUGGGUCCUCACUGUUGCUCUACAACUUAGAACGGCACCUGCUGAGACCACCUCGAGAAGAGGAUGAUCCUAAACAGAGCUCUGAUUUGGGGGAACUUUGCCCUGAUCUCCAUGAUGAGUUUCUGUGGAGGUGAAGACAUUGUGGCUGACCACGUUGCUGCCUAUGGCGCCAGCUUCUACCAGUCCUACGGUGACUCUGGCCAGUACACUUUUGAAUUUGACGGAGACGAGGAGUUCUACGUGGACCUGCAGAAGAAGGAGACUGUCUGGUGGCUGCCUGAGUUCAGCACAUUCGGAGGUUUUGACCCACAGGGUGGACUGAGAACAGUGACUACAGAAGAAUACAACUUGGAUAUCAUGAUUAAACGCUCCAACUCUACUGCGGCUGUCAAUGAGGUUCCUGAAGUGACUGUGUUUCCCAAGUCUCAUGUGGAGCUGGGUCAGCCCAACACCCUCAUCUGUGCCGUGGACAACAUCUUCCCUCCUGUGGUCAACAUCACAUGGCUAAGCAAUGGGCACCCAGUCACAGAGGGUGUUUCUGAAACCAGCUUCCUGUCCAAGAAUGAUCAUUCCUUCCUCAAGAUCAGCUACCUCACCUUCCUCCCUUCCGCCGACGACAUUUAUGACUGCAGGGUGGAGCACUGGGGCCUGGACGAGCCACUUCUGAAACACUGGGAGCCUCAGAUCCCAACUCCCAUGUCAGAGCUGACAGAGACUGUGGUCUGCCCCCUAGGGCUGGCUGUGGGCCUUGUGGGCAUCGUGGCGGGCACUGUCUUCAUUAUCCAGGGCCUGCGCCCAGGUGGUGGCUCCAGACACCAAGGGCCCUUGUGAGUCACACUCCAGGAGGGAAGGUGCACUGACAGUCUUUGAGAAGAGUGGAUGUGCUAGAUGACCGAGCACUGUUCUCUGACCAAGUUCAUUAUAUUCCGUCUCUCCUCCAAUACCCUUCCUCUUAUCUCUUCUCUGGGACUUCAGCUGCUAUUCUCUCAGAGCUCACAAACUGCACGAGUUUACCUCUCAACUCCUGAUAUUUUUUUCUUCUCUCUGUCAUUACCUACCAUGGGAUUCCUGUGAUAUUCCAUCCAUCUACCUAAUUCCUUGCUACCCUGAUGUCCAUGGGAGCAAUAAAUCCCCUUUAUGAGGUCUUUUAUUGAAUUUUUUCCUUUCUUUUAACACAGGGCUGACUAGGACCAUGGCAAAAAAAAAUGGCAAACCCUUAUGCUUCAGGCCCCUUUGACUUUAUUUUCCAGAUCGUAUUUCAUGCUCAGUAACACAGGAGCAACCAAAUAUAGCUUGAUGAUAUCUUGAUAUCUUAGAUGAGGUUAAGAUUUCUCUCUUACCCUGGCUGGUGUGGCUCAGUGGGCUCCCUAUGAACCAAAGGGUUACUGGUUCAAUUCCUGGUUGGGGCACAUGCCUGAGUUAUGGGCCAGGUCCCCAGUUGGGGAUAUGCUAGAAGUAACCAAUCUAUGUUUCUCUCACAUAUCAAUGUUUCUCUCCCUCUCUCCCUCCCUUCCCCCUCUCUAAAAAAUAAAAUAAAUAAAAUGUUUUUCAAAAAAUA